UGGCCUCGCUCCUUCCCUUAUAAAAACAUUUUCAUCUCUUCCUCUGCCCAUUCAGGGACCUUUCAAAUCUCAAAUCACAAACCCUCUUUUUCUUUUCCAUUAUAGAAAAUACCCAAAAUGUCUUUCACAAGCACUUCCCUUAUUCCCACCAAAGCCUUAAUUACCUCUAACAAAACCCACCAACCUUCAUUCGUAGCCAACAAGGCACCGUCCCGAUCCGUCCUCCAAAUCUCCGCCGUCUACUCCUCCGAGCCUUCUAAAAAUCCCAUUGUCUCCGAUAAAUCAGGGAAACAACAAACGACGAAAACAUCCACAUCAGCAGCGGCAACAUCGGCACCAGCAGCUGCGGCGGCGCCGACUACCAAUGUGGUUCCUGGGAAAUGGAGCGUGGACAGCUGGAAAUCGAAGAAGGCUUUGCAGCUUCCGGAAUACCCGAAUAAGGAAGAGCUCGAAUCGGUGCUCAGGACCCUCGAUGCUUUCCCUCCGAUUGUGUUCGCUGGUGAGGCUAGGAGCUUAGAGGAGAGGCUCAGUGAGGCUGCAAUGGGCAAUGCUUUUUUGUUGCAAGGGGGAGAUUGUGCUGAGAGUUUCAAGGAGUUUAACGCCAAUAACAUCCGUGACACUUUCAGGAUUCUUCUCCAGAUGGGUGCUGUUCUGAUGUUCGGUGGCCAAAUGCCCGUUGUCAAGGUGGGACGGAUGGCAGGUCAGUUUGCGAAACCAAGAUCGGAGCCUUUUGAGGAAAAGAAUGGAGUGAAGUUGCCUAGUUACAGAGGGGACAACGUGAACGGUGAUACUUUCGACGAGAAGUCAAGAGUUCCCGACCCACAGAGGAUGAUUAGAGCUUACUGCCAAUCAGCAGCAACUUUGAAUCUUCUUCGAGCGUUUGCCACCGGUGGAUAUGCUGCUAUGCAGAGGGUUAAUCAGUGGAAUCUGGAUUUCACAGAGCAUAGUGAGCAGGGAGACAGGUACCGGGAACUUGCACACCGGGUAGAUGAGGCCCUUGGAUUCAUGUCUGCAGCUGGUCUCACUGUUGACCAUCCUAUCAUGACAACAACUGAGUUCUGGACAUCCCAUGAGUGCUUGCUUUUGCCAUAUGAGCAAUCACUUGCCCGGCUGGAUUCAACUUCUGGCCUCUACUAUGACUGCUCUGCCCAUUUUCUCUGGGUUGGAGAACGUACCAGACAGCUAGAUGGUGCUCAUGUUGAGUUUUUGAGAGGAGUUGCUAAUCCCCUUGGCAUCAAGGUGAGUGAUAAGAUGGAUCCUAAUGAGCUAGUUAAGCUCAUUGAGAUUCUGAAUCCUCAGAACAAACCAGGGAGAAUAACAAUUAUCACCAGAAUGGGAGCUGAGAACAUGAGAGUGAAACUUCCCCAUCUAAUUCGAGCAGUACGCAGGGCUGGGCAAAUUGUCACAUGGGUCAGUGAUCCUAUGCAUGGAAACACCAUAAAGGCUCCUUGCGGUUUAAAAACUCGCCCAUUUGAUUCCAUCAGGGCGGAGGUGAGAGCCUUCUUUGAUGUGCAUGAACAAGAAGGAAGCCAUCCUGGAGGAGUUCAUCUAGAGAUGACUGGCCAAAAUGUGACAGAAUGCAUUGGGGGAUCACGUACUGUGACGUUUGAUGACCUGAGUUCCCGCUACCACACCCACUGUGACCCUAGGCUCAAUGCUUCACAAUCUCUGGAGCUGGCAUUCAUCAUUGCAGAGCGUCUUAGAAAGAGGAGGAUCAAUUCGCAACCCAAAAUUGCCUCCACUAGCCUGUAAGAUGGCUGUGAAGGUUCACCAAUAUGUUUGUUCUUUUCAUUUAGUUAUUAAAGCCUGUAUUAAUAGAACUUACAUAAGUUGGGAGUUAAUUUAUGUCGUGCUGUAUGUGUAUACUUGAAGACGGUAAUGUUUGAGACUUUUGAACAGAGAAAUGAAUAAAUGGAGAGUUAAAGGCUGCA